AUGGGUCUUAUCAAGACUGGUCUUACCUUGGCUGGUGCCUAUGGCCUCAUUAAAGUUGCAUCCAAGUGCGUCCUUCAGAUCUUCUACGCUUUCCGUCUCUCUCAUACUCAUAUAUCCUCAAUUAGGGCAGCUACUGAACACGAAGACAAGAAGCAAAACCGCCAAAAUACUUCCCAGAAACAGUACUAUCCUAAUCACAACCCGCAAAUGGACCAUAUGAAUGACAACCAAAUGAACAACACUCAUGUCCAACCAUCAUACCCUCCACAUGGGCCUCGCUCAAACCAUGGCAGCGACGUGUACGGGCAUUCGCCACAAGCACAAUCCCGGUCGAUUCGGCAGCAGUCAAUGGGCUAUACAAGGACCAUGGAGAACCCUCCGCCAUACUAUCAGAGCCACCCAUGCGAAAUACAGGGAGAUGGUAAGACUGGAUCAGCUCAGGAAUAUUACAAAUCUAAAUAG